CAGAAUCUCGCCUCUUCCUCUCUCUCUUCUCUUCUCUUUCUUCUUCUUCUUCUUCUUCUGCUUCCAUCAAAUCAUGGAUUCUCUGACACUGUUCUGUACAGUGGUUCUUCUCGCCGGCGGUCUCUACUGGUUCGUAUGCAUCUUGGGCUCAGCCGAGCAGAAGGGGAAGCGUGCCGUGGAUCUUUCCGGUGGUUCAAUCUCUAGGGAGAAGGUUCUGGACAAGUACAAGCAGUAUUGGACCUUCUUCCGCCGACCUAAGGAGAUCGAGACGGCGGAGAAGGUUCCAGCCUUCGUUGAUACUUUCUACAACCUUGUGACGGACAUCUACGAAUGGGGAUGGGGACAGUCUUUCCAUUUCUCCCCUUCCGUCCCUGGGAAAUCUCACAAGGAAGCCACCUGCCUCCACGAAGAGAUGGCCGUUGAUCUGCUCGAGGUUAAACCAGGAGAUCGUAUCCUUGACGUCGGAUGCGGCGUCGGUGGUCCUAUGCGCGCUAUCGCCGCCCAUUCCCGAGCCAAUGUGGUGGGUAUCACCAUCAACGAGUACCAGGUGAAGCGCGCCCGGAUGCACAACAAGAAGGCAGGUCUUGAUUCUCUCUGUGAGGUCGUUUGUGGAAACUUCCUGGAGAUGCCCUUUCCGGAAAACAGCUUUGACGGGGCGUACUCGAUCGAGGCGACCUGCCACGCCCCAAAGCUGGAGGAGGUGUACUCGGAGAUCUACAGGGUGUUGAAACCAGGAUCAAUGUAUGUGUCAUACGAAUGGGUUACCACUGACAAGUACAGGGGAGAGGACCCGGAGCACGUAAAGAUCGUUCAGGGGAUUGAGAGAGGAGAUGCGCUGCCUGGGUUGAGGAGGUACGACGAGGUUGCGGAAAUUGCGAAGAAGGUUGGAUUCGAGGUGGUGAGGGAGAAGGAUCUGGCCAUGCCUCCAUCCCAACCCUGGUGGCAGAGGUUGAAGAUGGGGAGGAUCGCUUACUGGAGGAACCACGUCUUGGUUACGUUGCUGUCGUGGGUUGGGAUUGCACCGAAGGGAACCGUCGACGUCCAUGAAAUGCUCUUCGAGACUGCCGAUUACCUGACCAGAGGUGGGGAGACCGGGAUUUUCACUCCGAUGCACAUGAUCCUCUGCAGGAAGCCCCAGUCCUAGUCCUCUUAGGGUUUUUUUUGCUUAUUGAUUAACCAAGCAAUUUCCAAUCUUGCUAGCGAAAGUGGAUUAUUACUGAUGGAGGUACCGGUGCCCUGUCUCGCUCCCUUAACCACUCUGUUUCUAGUUCGUCCCCCACCACAUCUUCCCCUUUUUUUUGUGUUAAUUUAUUUCAUUAUUAUCUUUGAUGUACUUCUUCUUCUUCUUCUGGAUUAAUUUUGUGGUUGGAUUUCUUUUUGUU